UCCGUGCCUCGUCUUAGUCCGGAGCCUUGGGCUUUCAACUUGGAUAAUCUGGCGCUAUGCAUCCAGCCCCCGGGCGCUUCCAGGCACUGCUGCUCAUCGCCGGCCUCGUCGCUGCCACCAGCCCAGAUUUAACUCCGCGUUUCAUUUCUGAGCCCUCCUCUGCCGUCCAGAAGUCCGGCGAGCCCGUCCAGCUCCGCUGCUCUGCCGAGCCCUCCACAGCUCACCUGUCUUGGCUGUUUGAUGGGGAGCCUCUGGACAGCAGGGCAGGAGAAGUGGAAAUCCAGGCGGGAUCUCUGACAAUCGUGUCCCUCAGCCCGGCGACGUGCGGCCGCUAUCAGUGUGUGGCGAGCAGCGGUGUGGGCGCCGUGCUGAGCCGGCCUGCCUCGGUGUCCAUGGGCAGUUUAGGUGACUUUGAUGCCUCGGUGACAGCUGCCAUUGCAGCAGAGGAAGGAGGCUCAGCUCUCAUUGAAUGCAAGGUGCCAGAAAGUCACCCUAAAGCACAGGUUCGCUUCCAAGUGCGGGGGAAAUGGCUGGAACAAUCAAGAGACAACUACCUAAUUCUUCCAUCUGGAAACCUGCAGAUUUUGAAUGUAUCUUUAGAAGACAAAGGAUCCUACAAAUGUGCAGUGUACAACCCAGUCACUCAUGAUCUCAGAGUAGAACUCACUGGACGUAAGCUCACAGUCACACGCCCUUCCUCAGGUGGCUCCCACAUCCUUCACCCUCUGGCCCCCCAGACUCUGGCAGUGCCCCAGCACAGUGCCCUGACACUGGAGUGUGUGGUCAGUGGGGCGACUCCCUCCGUCCGCUGGGUCAAGGACGGCCGGGCCGCGCUGGGGCGAGGCCGGUGGGAACUGCUGCACUCCCACCUGGUGACGGACAGGCUGGAGGCAUCAGAUGCUGGGAACUACUCCUGCCUGGUGGGAGCUGACUCCGGAGCAGUGAAAUACGUUAACUAUUCACUUACUGUACUUGAACCUGCCUCGCUCUCCAAGGGGCUCCAGGAUGAAACCGUGGCCGCCGGGGCGACUGUGCAUUUCUGGUGUGAUGCCCGUGGCAGCCCCGCUCCAGCCCUCACCUGGCUCCACAACGCCGCUCCCCUCCGGCCCUCCCCGCGGCACUUCCCGACGGGAAACCACCUCUGGAUCUGCGGGGUCACCCCGGGGGACUCUGGCUUGUACCAGUGUGUGGCAGACAAUGGAAUUGGGGUUGUGCACUCCACGGGGAGGCUCCGUGUCCAGCCAGGCACAGGCUCUGUCCCUGUCAUAGUCUCUUCCCCCGGGAGUGUCACCGUGGUGGCUGGUGGGGAUGUGACGCUGUCCUGCAACGCCACCGGGCUGCCCGCGCCCACCGUCCACUGGUACGACAGCAGGGGCCUGCUGACCAGCCACCCUGCCCAGGUGCUGCAUCCCAAGGUGCAGAGGCCUCCCCCAGAAGGGCCGGAGCCCUCCUGCCCCUCCGUGUCCCAGGUGGGCUGGAGCUCCCUGCGCCUGCGGAACGUGACCCCGGAGCGCGCCGGAGAGCUCAGGUGCGAAGCCGUCAACGAGCACGGCUCUGCCGUGUCCAGAGCCUUCCUCACGGUCGUUCCUCCAGCAACUGGCACGAGAGCAGGAGAAACAGCUCCUCUGGAGCUUGCCCAGGGCGAUGAGAGCGGGGGUGAUUUCGGUGCAGAGGCGGCGUUUUCGAGCUCCCCUCCGACCAAAGUGCCUCCGGACGCGGCUGCGAUGGACAAAGCUGCCCCGCCCGAGGCCCCCAUCAUCCUGAGCCCCCCACAGACACCAAAACCCGACACCUACAGCCUGGUGUGGCGGCCAGGCCGGGCCGGGGGGCUGCCCAUCAACGCCUACUUCGUCAAAUACCGCAAGCUGGAGGACAGCGUGAGUGCAGCGGGCAGCUGGCACACCGUGCGUGUCCCUGGCAGCGAGAACGAGCUGCGGCUCACGGAGCUGGAGCCCUCCAGCCUCUACGAGGUGCUGAUGGUGGCCCGGAGCGCCGCCGGCGAGGGCCAGCCGGCCAUGCUGACCUUCCGCACCAGCAAGGAAAGAACAUCAUCCUUGAAAAACACUCAGGCUCCAUCACCACCCAUGGGCAUCCCCAAACAACCCGUUGUUCAUGAAGGCACAAAUAAUUUCGGUGUUGUCCUUCCAGACCUGUCUCGCCACAGCGGAGUUCCAGAAGCUCCAGACCGACCCACCAUCUCCACAGCAUCGGAAUCAUCCGUCUACGUCACGUGGAUCCCCCGGGCCAACGGGGGCUCCCCCAUCACAGCCUUCAAAGUGGAGUACAAGCGCCUGGGUCGCAACAGCGACUGGCUCGUGGCAGCUGACAACAUCUCUCCCUCCAAGCUGUCCGUGGAAGUUCGGAACCUGGAGCCAGGCUGGGGUGGCUGGGAGCAUUUCAAACCCUCCGUCUUCCCUCACAUCCAGUGGAGGUUUCAUUACAUUACAUCCAGCAACAACAACACGCCCAUCCAAGGAUUUUACAUCUAUUACCGGCCCACGGACAGUGACAACGACAGCGACUACAAGCGGGACAUCGUGGAAGGUACGAAGCAGUGGCACCUGAUAAAUCACCUGCAGCCUGAAACUUCUUAUGACAUUAAGAUGCAGUGCUAUAACGAGGGCGGGGAGAGCGAGUACAGCAACGUGAUGAUCUGCGAGACCAAAGUGAAACGCACCUUCAUCGCCAUGUGCCUGUGGAAGAACCGGCAGCAGAGCGCCCUGCAGAAAUACGACCCCCCUGGGUAUCUGUACCAGGGGGCGGAUAUCAACGGGCAGAUGAUCGAGUACACGACCCUGCCCGGGACGAGCCGCGUCAACGGCAGCAUCCACGGGAGCUUCCUCGGCAACGGCCUCGGCAACGGCUGCCCCCAUGUCCACCACAAAGUCGCCAAUGGAGUCAACGGGAUCAUGAAUGGAGGAGCAGGACUGUACCCAGGGCACACCAGCUCCCUGCCCAGGACACACGUGGACUAUGAACACCCCCACCGCCUCGUGAACGGUGGCGGGAUGUACACGGCCGUGCCGCAGGCUGACCCCUCGGAGUGCAUCAGCUGCCGGAAUUGCCGGAACAACAACAGGUGCUUCACCAAAACCAACGGCACCUUCGGCAGCGCCGCCCUGCCCGUGGUGCCCCUGGGAGCCCCUUUCCAGCAGGACGGUGUGGAGAUGAAGCCCCUGAGCCCCCACGUCAUGGUGGCCAUGUGCUUGGCCUCUGCUGUCCCGGAGUGCAGUGCCCGGCUGGAGGAGGACGGCAAGGAGGGCUCGGAGCAUCCCUCCCCCCAGCACCCCUGCUGCCAGGAGGGCGUGGGCCGGCUCUCCGUGGACUGCAUGGACGGCGACAGCUGCGUGCACUCGGAAACAUCGAACCACGUUCUGAGCUGGAGUCCCCUCAUUCUGCAGCCUGCUUCCAAGGACUGUAAGGAAAAACCUGGAUGGAGUUCAUCCGGAGUCACCUUAAACGGUUCUGGGGACCUUCGGCAGCUCCAGCUGCGGGAAACCUGAGGAAGUGACCGUUGUCCCCACUAAACGCCAGGAACUGCCAGUGUCGCUGAGAGGGAGUGACGGGGGGAUGUUAAUUAUAACAGAGAGAGUCACUAUUUAUUUUUUGUAGUAGUGUCAUAUGAAUGUAUCUUGGUUUUCAAAAUGGUUGCCUUUUUAUAUUAUUUAUGCCUUGAAACCCCUUUUUUUUUUUUUGUUAUUUUUUUUUUUUCUCCCCUCACACGCCGCGAAACUAGCCCUGGUUAUGUGUAUAAAAAAGAAUUGUAAUAAUAUAAAGAAGGAGGAUGGGAAAUGUGGAGUGUGUUUCCGUGGCAUGUUACCAGUGUGAGAAGCACUUCCGAGGAGCCCGGGACAGGGAUUUAAGCAGGUCUGAUGUGGUGACCAAUGGCUGCCAACUCCCUGGCACUCAAACCAUCCUUUCCAUGAACACAUCCCAUCCUCUUUUGGUUUCUCUGGGAAGAUCUCAAUGAGAAAAUGAGAAAAUAAAUAAGAAAAAUGAGCCUCAGCUGAGUCCGUCCAGCGCAGCUUGAAGCAGAGCUUGGGUCGGUGACUGUGUCUUCAGAUGCUUGAUAACCCUUCUGUCUGCAGAAGUACAGGUGGAAAUCCAGCCUGUCUCACCUUGCCCCUCACAGAAGACAAAAUCCAGUCCUACUCUUGGUUUGAGGGAGUACUGACAGCUUGGAUAGCUCUGAAAUGAAAGCAGUGGUGUCGGAGCAGCUCCCACCGGCCCCGCGCGUGGCUGUCAGGAACCCACCCGCCCCGGACACAGCACGAUGGAGGUGUUGCAACCUUAACUGCAGGGUUUGGGGUUUUGGAUCCUCCCAGCCGGAGCUGCCUUAUUCUGAAGUUCCCUGCAAACCCUGGACCUUACACCCAUGGGUUUUGACUGGCAUGUACCCUGGAGCCACCACAGAGCCCCCUCCUCCCCCUUUGUUUAUCUCCUCCUUGCAGUCUGGACUUUCCCUUCACAGGACCUGCUGUGAGGCUUUCCCCUUUUCCGAUGGAGAGGUUGGAGUUCACCUCUGGCUGCUUCGUCCUCCCCGAACACUGAGAUUUAACCACGGUUUUAAACGACCUUGCUUAAAUCCCCCCCCUGUAUCGUGGGUGUGUUGGAUAAAGACACUCUGUUUUCCAGAGAAUCUGUAAUAUCCCUUUGAAAUCUUAUGUAUUUGGAAACAAUGCUGUUUUGCAGGGCUUUGGGGUGGGGUGUGUAUUUUUGGGGGUGAUGCUGCUCUUUGGCCAGCAUGGGGGUUGAUGCUCUGUGGGCACUGAUUUGAGGUGUCACUCGAUACUUCCCAAUGGAUAAUUAACCAAAUAUAGGACAAAUGGCCCAA